AUGUCAUCAAUAUCACCAACCCAUUUAUUCAAGAAUCUUUCAUCUUCCUUGAUCUCUCUCAGUAUUGCUGAAGCUGGAUUGCAAGGGCAUUUGGGAGAUGAAAUCUUUUCUUUUCCACAUAUUCAGGAGAUAGGUUUGUUAUUUAACAAAAAUCUCACAGGCUGUCUUCCAAAAUCUAAUUGGAGUAAUUCCCUCCAGGAAUUAAAUCUCGCAUCAUGCCAAUUUACGGGGGAAAUUCCGAAAUCAUUUUGGAACCACACACAAAUUAUUGAGUUAGAACUCUCUGACAACGAUUUUGUUGGUCAAAUCUCACCAUCACUUUCAAAUCUUCAAAACCUCACUCGUUUAAGUCUAUCCUCGAAUAAUUUCAAUGGUCCAUUUCCAUCUUCAAUUUCAAAACUUAAAAAUCUCGAGUAUGUAGGUUUGGAUGAAAAUGGCUUCCAAGGACAUCUUCCAAAUCAAAUAACUGUAUUUCCACUUUUACAAUGUUUGUACUUGUCUAAUAAUCUAUUGAAUGGAGCAAUUCCUUCUUGGGUUUUUACUCUACCAUCUUUGGAGUCGUUGGACAUUUCUUCUAACCAAUUCACAGGUCAAAUGGGUGAAAUAUCCUCUUAUUCAUUGGAAUUUCUUAAUGUAUCUGAUAACAAGUUGUCUGGUCCAAUUCCAAGGUCAAUUUUUUCCCAAAAAAACUUUAUUUAUCUCGACCUUUCUCACAACUUUUUCACAGGAAGUGUGCUGUUGCAUCACAUGUCAUUGAAAUAUAUGUUGUACUUAGACUUGAGUAACAACUCCCUUCAAGGAGAACCUACUGCUUCUAUUUGCAAUGCUACCUCACUUGGAUUUCUAAGCUUGUCCCAUAACUGCUUCACCGGCACCAUUCCACACUGCAUCAGUAGCUCACUUGAAAUUUUGAACUUGUCUCAUAACAAAUUCACUGGCACCAUUCCUCACUACAUCGGUAGCUCUAGCCUUGCUCUUUCUGUGUUGGAUUUGCAAAUGAAUAAAUUCUCUGGCAGCAUACCUGAAUCAUUUGAAGAAGGCAACAAUUUGAGGACCCUAAAUCUUAAUGGCAACCUUUUGGGAGGGUCAUUUCCUCGAUCUUUGGUCAAUUGCACAAAAUUGAAAGUUUUAGAUCUUGGUAGAAAUGGCAUAGAGGAUGCUUUUCCUCAUUGGCUUCAUGCUCUUCAAGAAUUGCAAGUACUUGUUCUUAGACAGAAUAAGUUGCACGGUUUGAUUCCUAGUUUCAUGGAUGAAGCCAAGCUUGCCUUCCCAAAGUUGAGAGUUUUGGAUCUGUCUAAUAAUAAUUUUAGUGGUCCUCUACCUGCAACAUUUUUCAAAUCUUUUAAAGCUAUGAGAAAUGCAGAUGAAGGAGAAUAUGGUUUGCAUUACAUGGGUUAUGAUAAAUACAACAGUAGAGCACAUUAUGAAGACUCCAUUGAGGUAACAGUGAAAGGAUUAUACAUUCAUUUUGAAAAGAUCUUGACUGUUUUUACAACAAUUGAUGUAUCCAACAACAUGUUCGAAGGAAAACUGCCACAAGUUAUUGGAGAGCUUGGCGCAUUGAAGGCAAUCAAUUUUUCACAUAAUCGGCUCAAUGGUGCAAUUCCAAGCUCAAUUGGAAAUUUGAGGAAUUUGGAAUCCUUGGACUUAUCAUCAAACAAGCUCAGAGGAAAAAUUCCUCCACAAUUGGCAAGUCUAGACUCUCUUGGGUACCUGAACCUAUCACAAAAUGAGCUUGAAGGAUGCAUUCCUAUGGUCCCACAUUUUGAAACAUUCUCACUUGAUUCCUUUAAAGGAAAUAAGGCCUUGCGUGGAUUUCAACUUCACAUUCCAUGCGUCACUCAUGAGAAAAGUGAACCGCCACUACCAAGUUCAAGUUUUGAUGCCAUGUUUUUUGAAUUUGGAUGGAAACCUAUUCUAUUAGGGUAUAUAUGUGGAACCUCAUUCGGAGCAUCCAUGUUUUGGGUUAUGAUUUUCUUAGGAAAACCUCAGUGCAUUCCAAGUAUGGUGAAUAAUCUUAUAAGGAAGUGGAGGACAAGGGUUAACAGGCGUUGCACUUAG